UAUUAAGUGUGGGCGCGUUUGCUCACCUCAUUCUUUCAUUUGCAGUCUCUGACGCAUAUACCACCUCCAUCGGCAUGAAGCUCCUCUCGCUUUCCACGCUUGCACUUGCAGUCUUUGCCGUCGCGUCGGCCCAGCCCACGACACCGACCAAUGUCUCGGUGCCCGAAGCCGGUGUCGCGUCGGACAUCCCCGUCAUCGUGCAGCUUGGCAAAGACGCCGUUCUCGAUAUCACCAACCUCAUCAACGACUUUAAGGCCAUCAAGGCCAGCGGCUUCACGCGCGACCUCGUCCAGCAAGCGCUCGGCCACUUGCAGAGCGCGAUUGGCCACGGUGUCCGUGACGUCGGCCAGGCCAAGACGAUCCUUGACAACAUCAAGAACCUGCUCCAGAACGGCGGCACGCCCGCGGACGCGGCCGAGAUUUCAAGUGCGCUUCAAAAGAUCGUGCAGCUUUACUUCCCGACCAAGAUGCCGACCAACUCGACGAUCGCCGACGACAUCCAAAAGGCGUACGCCAUGGGCGCCGAGCUCCGUGCGGACUUUGAAGCGAUCGUCAAGGACCUCCAGCGCAUCGCGGCCGGCGGCUUGACGCCCGAGCUCACGCAGUCGAUCCUUGGCCACCUCCAGACGGCAUGGAGCCACGGCCUCAACAACCUCAAGGACGGCAAGAAGAUCGUCGACGACAUCAAGGCGAUCGUGCAGGGCGGCGGCGUCGACAUCAAGGACGGUGUCGCCAUCACGAACGCGAUCCAGUCGGUGCUCCAGCAGUUCCUUUUGACGCUCGACCCGAACCCGAAGGUCUGCAUCCGCGACGGUGUCGGCCGCGGCUUUGGCACGCCCGUCGUCAACCAGUGCUUGGAAGGCGAGGAGGCCUACGGUGCGCUCUGCUACCCCAAGUGCAAGGAAGGCUAUGAAAAGGUGGGUUGCUGCCUCUGCCGCAAGAAGGGCUGCAGCGGCGCCGAGGGUGUCACCGAUGUUGGCGCCUCGUGCACCAAGCCCAAGGCGUACGGCCGUGGCGCCGGCUACACGCUCUGGAACCAAGACAAGUGCAAUGCUGAAAACAACGGCCAGUGCGAGAAGAACGGCCUCAUGUGGUACCCCAAGUGCAAGCCGGGCUACCACAACUUUGGCUGCUGCAUUUGCACGCCCGACUGCCCCGCGGGCACGACGGACGACGGCGCGUUCUGCCGCAAGGACCACUAUGGCCGUGGUGUCGGUGUCUCGCGCCUUGGUUGCGACAAGGGCCUCGAGAAGAGCGGUCUCUUUUGCUACAAGCCGUGCGCGCCCGGCUACAAGGGCGUCGGUCCCAUGUGCUGGCCCCAGUGCCCGCCGUCGAUUCCGUCCAACUGCGGCCUCUUCUGCACGUCGACGAGCGCCACGUGUGCCUCGAGUGCGAUCGAGAUCAUUGGGUCUGUCGCCAAGAUCGCGUUGAGUGCUGUCAACAACGAUACGGCCGGCGCCAUCUCGACGGGUAUUCAGGCAGGCGCGAAGGUCAUCACGCUCGAGAAGUGCCCCAAGCCCUAA